ACGUAGGAGAGUCUGAAUGACGCAGCACUGGUUCACCUACGACAAGAAGAGCGGUACCACAUCGACUACACCAACCUUCAUUCGGUUUCUCUCUCCAGUAUCGAAACAACUACGCGAAACGAGCCAGUUGACGAUUACGAAUUGCGCGAAGUGUAAGUGAAUCCUUGAAUGAGACUUAUCGCUAACGUACAAAAAUGACGGUGAAUAAAUCCACGAAAAGUACUAAAAAAUCUUCGACUUCUAAAACAACGAGUGCUAGUUCCACUUCUCAGCAGACCUCGAAAUCAGUGAGUUCCAAAGUAUCUUCGCAAGUUCAGCAUUCUUCCAAAGGUAAUGUCUCUAAGUCAUCUUCAGCCUCCAGUCUCCAGAUAGCGGAUGUAUCGCACCUACCUGUUAAUUCAAGUAAUGUCACAUACACCGUAACAGAGGUGCUUCCAGCUGGAGGUGGUGAAAAGAUCACCACGUAUGGAGAAACUGGAGGAGCUACAUCCACAGAAUAUAGACAUUUCAUCGAACAGGACAAAUCAUCACACACUGCUAACAUACAACAAAUCGAUUCAUCUUCAAAUAUAUCCAUUGAUUCUGCAUCUACAUACACAGUGACUGAACCCAAGGAAGAAUAUAAAUUAACAUAUAACGUGAAUGAUUCUGGAUGGAAUGGAAAAUUUAUUAUGGAAGCAGAUACAUCCACAGCCUCCUCUAGAGGGACAAUCAAUCGUUCCACCCAGCAAUCAACGAGGAGCAGUACUUCAAACACGAAAAAUAUCUCACAAAGCUCAGUACUGAAUGAGACAUUCACAAUUGACAGUACGGCCCAUGGACAAAACGCCCAUAAUGAAACCUUCACCAAGCAUCAAACAUCAAAUGACAGAACGGGUGCAACAAGCUCCACAAGCACAUCUGGAGCAAUAACUAGGACAGUUCAAGGUUCGAACCGAACAGGAAAGGAGAAUUCCAACAUGAGAGGGAUACAAUAUGAAAGUGGGAACAAUACUUUUGAUACUACCUACACCAAAAUCGAUGAUUCACUACAGCAAGUGUCGUCAAAAAUGAGUGAAAAUCGUACUAGUAGCGAACAAACAAGUACACAACAGAAAGAAUCCAGAAUGAGCCAAACAAAGACAGAUCAAAAAACAGUUAAGACUACCAAAGGAACCAGUGGUUGGAAUGGAAAGUUUGUAAUCGAAAGUUCUGAUAGGUCAAGUGAUUCAAAAAGAAUAACCGGUACAAACAAAAAUGUUUCAUCUGGUAAUAUUCACCAAACAAAACCGACACAAUCGGUGGAAACCUUUAUACUAAGUGAAAUAAACGAUAACACUGACCAGAAACAAGGGGAUGGUUCAUACACUAAGACCUAUAUCGUCAAAGAUAAAAAUUCUAGAGACAACAAAACGGACACUAGUCAAUUUAUACUAACAGAAAUUUAUGACAAUAUAGAGAAACAUGGCAACUCCUCAACUUUUAGGGAUGAUUCGAGUGUGCGCUCUGAUGCCACCUACACAAAAGAAAGUACCGAAGAUUUGCAGAAUUCCAAAAUUCAUUCUAAAGAAUAUAGACACAUCACCGAUGCCGAUAAAUCGAACAACCAACUAUCAGAGAUGAACCGAACCUUCAGACAAUCUGAUAUAUCCAGAAGUAGCCCAAGUAGGACAACAAUACAUGGUGGGCCCACUCACAGAGUGGGUACUCUGACAACUGGUGAAAUACAAGAUGGUUCCACAACGUAUGAAUAUUAUGAUACUAAAAGCGAAUCAACAGAUUACAGAACAACAGUAACACAAGACUCUAAGACCAUUUUUGACGAUGGAUAUAGAACUGAAACACAUACAAGUCACGCUGGAAGAUCGGGGUCUCCUAUGGAUAAGAAUAUAAAAACAUCUGUUACGAGAAUUCAAGAUAGGAGCCCGUACAAAAGGAGAGAAUCGAGUGUCAGUCCCUCCAGAAAGCCAACUCAGUCGCGAACAAGGGGUGUGAGUAGGAGUCCUAGCAGUAGAGAUAGGCCAAAAACAACAAGGGGUGAAAGGAGUCCAUCUUCAGGGAGAAGAGAUAAUUCAAAAACCAUCAUUUCGAAGAACGUUUCUGAUGUUUCUGACGUCAGCAACAUUACCACCACAGUAAUAGAAGAUUCAACUUUCAUCGUUGAUAAAAAAUACGUCUCUGAUAUUUCUGACAGUACCACAAUAACUAGGGGCCCCCACCAUACAACACACAGCCCAACAGGGAGAUAUACACAAAAUAGGGAACUCUCUUCUCAAGAUACUUACGAUGCUUCAACCACCAAUUAUGAAACCUAUAACGAUAUCUCAGACGUGGUAAUGAGUUCACAAUUUGAUACUUCUACUAGCAUCACAGACAAUUUAAUUCAACAAGAAAUCACCAGAGAUAUCCGUCAAUUCGAAAACGAAAUCCAUAAACUCGAGAACAAAUUGAACGAAACUUCGGUUGUGAACAGAAGGACAGUUGGACCUGAUGGACCAUCUAGGUCAGAUGAGCCAAUCAAAAUUAUUGAUGCUGUGGAGCACGUAGACAUAAGAGUAUCAGACAUAAUAAGUCAGAACGAAGAGAAGAUCAUACUAGAGGUAGAAAAAGACAUUGUACUGAAGACUAUCACCGGCUCAGAGACUAUCGUCAACGAUUCGAUUGUGGACAUACGGGAGAGCAAAACCGACAUCAUCGACAUACGAGAUACUGUUGACAAAUCCGAUACGAUCAUAAGGGAAACCAUAACGAACAUCAAGGAUAUUACUGAAGAAGAGAACAUAACCAACAUCAAGAAGGUAGUCGAUAACAAAGUAAUAAAUAUCGAAAAAACUAUAAGAGAAACUUUACCAAGUGUCGCAUACGUACCGCCGAAGAAAGAGGCUUGCAUAUGUGAGCUUUGCACUUGUGGACGUCACACCUGUCCACAUAAUCCGGAUAACUACAAUGAUCAUCUACAUCUUGAAGGUCCUUUCAUCGGAGCUCCCAAGGAUGAAUACAAUGCAACUUACGGUGAAAGAGCUCCUAUCAGAAAACCACAAGAUAAUUUGAAAGUUGGAGGAGAAUUUCAGAAAAGGCAACCUGAGAAAUGGCAGCCAGGCGAAAGAGAACCUAUCCGCAAACCACAAGACAAUUUGAAACUUGAAGGAGAGUUCACAAGAAGACCAACAGAUAACUGGAAACCAGGAGAGAGAGAACCUGUCCGAAAACCAAAGGAUCAACUUGGUCCAGAGGAGGGAGAAUUUGAAAAAAGACACCUGGAACCGUGGCAACCUGCCGAAAGGCCUGAACAGCGAAAACCUAAGGACAACCUCAGGCCAGAAGGAGAUUUCGAAAAGAGAACGCCAGAGAAAUUUCAACCUGCCGAAAGACCAGAGCAGAAGAGACCGCAGGAUAACCUGCGGCCAGAAGGGGAAUUUGCAAGAAGAACUCCUGAUAAAUUUGUUCCUGCAGAAAGGCCAAAGCAGAGAAGACCUGAAGACAAUCUUCACCCAGAGGGGGAUUUCGAAAAGCGCAUUCCUGAAAAUUUUGUUCCUGCUGAAAGACCAAAACAGAAAAGGCCUGUAGACAAUCUUAGACCAGAAGGAGAGUUUGAGAGACCACAACCAGAAGAGUUUGUUCCAGCAGAUAGACCAAAACAAAAAAGGCCAGAAGAUAAUCUACGACCCGAAGGGGAAUUCGAAAGGUGGACACCGGAGAAGUUUGUUCCAGCAGAAAGACCAAAGCAGAAGAGACCGGAAGAUAAUCUUCGACCCGAAGGAGAUUUUGAAGGAAGAAAACCAGAAGAAUUCAUUCCCGCUGAAAGGCCAACCCAGAAAAGACCACAAGAUAAUCUUCGACCAGAGGGAGAAUUCGAAAGACCUACCCCAGACAAGUUUAUACCGGCAGAAAGACCAAAGCAGAAGAGGCCUGAAGACAAUCUACGUCCUGAAGGAGAAUUUGAAAGACCGAAACCAGAAGAAUACGUUCCUGCGGAGCGACCCAAGCAAAAGAAGCCUGAGGACAAUCUUCGGCCAGAGGGAGAGUUCGAGAAAAGAACACCUGAGAAAUUUAUACCUGCAGAGAGACCGAAGCAAAAAAAACCAGAGGAUAAUCUCAAACCAGAAGGAGAAUUCGAGAAACGGAAACCGGAUGAAUUCGUUCCUGCGGAGAGACCGAAACAAAGAAGACCGGAAGAUAACCUUCGACUUGAAGGGGACUUCGACAGACGAACACCAGAAAAAUUCAUUCCUGCUGAACGCCCCAAGCAGAAAAAACCAAUAGAUAACCUUCAUCCUGAAGGGGACUUCACCAGUACUCGAAAAUCAACGGAAGAUUAUAAAAUUGAAAGAAUAGAAAAAACCGAAAUAAUUCGGCAUGAAGAUAACCUUACUAUAGGUGGAGAAUUCACAGAUAUAACCACCUCACAAGUCGACUUCACUGGACAACAAAUUCAAAGACCAAAACCCAUACGUCGUAAUACUUUCACGAAAGUUGAAGGUGACGUAUCUUCAGAUACUACUAAUAGAAGUGAAUAUAUCGAUUAUACAACCAUAGUAGAAAAUGUUGCAAUCAAGAGGAGAGAAGAUAAUCUAUUCCCUGAAGGAGAAAUGACAUUCGAAACUUCUAAUACAACAGAAUUCAUUGAGAAAUCAACACCGAUCCAACGCAGAAGACGAACGUGGACUAAAGAAGACAUUGAAAAAUUUUAUUCUCAGCAGGAGACUAACGUCACUACAACCUCCCAUGAGGACUACAGGGAAUAUAAUGUGACGGAUAUUAGAGACACUAGAGACACAAUUAUCAUUCGGAGAGAUAACUUAAGACCAGAGGGUCCCUUCGAAGGCUCACCGAAGUCCAAAGAUGAUUACACGCCAAAACACGUUGAUAGACCCGUGAUGAAAAAACCUAUCGAUAAUUUAAAACAAGAAGGCGAUUUUGACAGACCUGUGAAACCCGAAUAUCGUCCAACUGAUCGUCCCAAAUUGAUAAGACCCCAAGAUAAUUUACAUCCAGAAGGUGAUUUCGAGAGCAGAACAACCGAUGAGUUCAUUCCUGCAGAACGUCCAAAACAGAAACGCCCAGAAGAUAAUCUUCGUCCAGAAGGUGAGUUCCAGAAGAGAACACCAGAGAAAUUCAUUCCUGCAGAACGUCCUAAACAGAAGAAACCACAAGACAAUCUUUUCAUGGAAGGGGACUUUGAAACGCCUGAAAAACCAGAAUACCGUCCAGCUGAGAGACCAAAACAGAAGAAACCAGAAGAUAAUCUUCGACCAGAAGGAGACUUCGAAAAAAGAACACCAGUUAAAUUCGUACCAGCAGAAAGACCGCAACAAAAGAGGCCUCAAGAUAAUCUACAUAUGGAGGGCGAAUUUGAAACUCCUGAAAGGCCAGAGUACCGACCAGGAGAAAGACCAAAACAAAUUAAACCAGAAGAUAAUCUUCGUCCAGAAGGGGACUUCGAGAAGAGGAUUCCAGAGAAAUUUAUUCCUGCUGAUCGACCGAAGCAGAAGCGCCCUCAAGAUAAUCUUUAUUUGGAAGGUGCUUUCGAAACACCAGAAAAACAACCUUAUCGUCCUGCAGAAAGACCUAAACAGAUUAGACCAGAAGACAACCUCUAUCCGGAAGGUGAUUUCGAAAGAAGAUCUCCAGAUAAAUUUAUUCCUGCUGAACGUCCCAAACAAAAACGCCCAGAAGAUAAUCUUCGGCCGGAGGGAGAAUUCGAGAGGAGGACUCCAGAGAAGUUCGUUCCUGCGGAAAGGCCCAAACAGAAAAAACCCAAAGAUAAUCUCUAUAUGGAAGGUGAAUUUCAAACUCCCGAAAAACCACAAUACCGCCCAGCUGAAAUACCGAAACAAAUACGACCAGAAGACAACCUGUAUCCGGAGGGAGAUUUUGCGAGGAGAACUCCAGAAAAGUUUAUUCCUGCUGAACGUCCGACACAAAAACGUCCAGAAGAUAAUCUUCGACCAGAAGGGGAAUUUGAGAGAAGAAUUCCGGAGAAAUUCAUACCUGCGGAGAGACCUAAACAAAAUAAACCUAAAGAUAAUCUGUAUAUGGAGGGCGAUUUUCAAUCACCCGAAAAACCACAAUACCGUCCUGCUGAAAUACCGAAACAAAUACGACCCGAAGACAACCUGCAUCCAGAGGGAGACUUUGCAAAGAGAACUCCAGAAAAAUUCGUCCCAGCGGAAAGACCUCAACAAAAAAGACCCAAGGAUAACCUGCACAUGGAAGGAGAUUUUGAAACACCAGAAAAACCGCAAUAUCAUCCCGCAGAAAGACCGAAACAGAUAAGACCAGAAGAUAACCUUCAUCCAGAGGGAGAUUUUACCAGGAGAACUCCGGAGAAAUUUGUGCCCGCUGAACGUCGAAAACCAACGCGUCCAGAGGAUAAUCUUCGUCCGGAAGGGGACUUUGAAAGAAGGAGUCCAGAGAAGUUCGUUCCUGCUGAGAGACCCAAACAAAAGAGACCACAAGAUAAUUUGUUCAUGGAAGGUGAAUUUGAAACACCAGAGAAGAAACAAUAUCGUCCAGCGGAAAUACCUAAACCGAUAAGACCUGAAGAUAACCUUCAUCCGGAAGGAGAUUUUGCGAGAAGAACUCCAGAGAAGUUCAUUCCUGCUGAACGUCCUAAACAGAAACGCCCAGAGGAUAAUCUUCGUCCAGAAGGAGAGUUUGAAAAAAGGACUCCAGAGAAGUUCGUUCCUGCUGAACGUCCUAAACAGAAACGCCCAGAGGAUAAUCUUCGUCCAGAAGGAGAAUUUGAAAAACGGACUCCAGAGAAGUUUGUUCCUGCUGAACGUCCUAAACAGAAACGCCCAGAGGACAAUCUUCGACCAGAAGGAGAAUUUGAAAAACGGACACCAGAGAAGUUCGUUCCCGCUGAAAGGCCGAAACAAAAGAGACCACAGGAUAAUUUGUUCAUGGAGGGUGAUUUCGAUACACCAGAGAAAAAACAAUAUCGUCCAGCAGAAAUACCUAAACCUAUAAGACCUGAAGACAACCUUUAUCCGGAAGGAGAUUUUGCUAGGAGAACUCCAGAGAAGUUCAUUCCUGCUGAACGUCCUAAACAGAAACGCCCAGAGGAUAAUCUUCGUCCAGAAGGAGAAUUUGAAAAACGGACACCAGAAAAGUUCGUUCCCGCUGAAAGGCCGAAACAAAAGAGACCACAGGAUAAUUUGUUCAUGGAAGGUGAUUUCGAUACACCAGAGAAAAAACAAUAUCGUCCAGCAGAAAUACCUAAACCUAUAAGACCUGAAGACAACCUUUAUCCGGAAGGAGAUUUUGCGAGGAGAACUCCAGAGAAGUUCAUUCCUGCUGAACGUCCUAAACAGAAACGCCCAGAGGACAAUCUUCGUCCAGAAGGAGAGUUUGAAAAACGGACUCCAGAGAAGUUUGUUCCUGCUGAACGUCCUAAACAGAAACGCCCAGAGGACAAUCUUCGUCCAGAAGGAGAGUUUGAAAAAAGGACUCCAGAGAAAUUUGUUCCUGCAGAAAGACCGAAACAGAAGAGACCUCAAGAUAAUCUUUUUAUGGAAGGUGAUUUCCAAACUCCAGAAAAACCCUCAUAUCAAACUGUGGAGAGACCAAAACAAAUAAAACCGGAAGAUAACCUUCAUCCAGAGGGAGAUUUCGAAAAACGAACUCCAGUGAAGUUUAUACCUGCAGAACGUCCAAAACAAAAGAGGCCGCAAGAUAACCUCCACAUGGAAGGUGAUUUCGCAACACCAGAAAAACUAGAAUAUCUUCCAGCAGAGAGGCGUAAACAAAUAAUUCCAGAAGAUAAUCUACGCCCCGAAGGUGAUUUUGAAACUCCGGAAAAACAACAUUAUGUUCCAGCAGAAAGACCGAAACAGAUCAGACCGGAGGAUAACCUUCGUCCAGAAGGAGAGUUCGAGAAAAGGACCCCGGAAAAAUUCAUUCCUGCGGAAAGACCCAAACAAAAAAGACCACAAGAUAAUUUAUAUAUGGAAGGUGAAUUUGAAAAACCAGAAAAACCACAAUACCGUCCAGCAGAAAGACCGAAACAGAAAAAACCAGAGGAUAAUCUUCAUCCCGAGGGGGAAUUCGAAAAGAGAAUUCCAGAAAAAUUUGUUCCCGCGGAAAGACCCAAGCAAAAGAGACCACAAGAUAACCUGCAUAUGGAAGGUGAUUUCCAAACGCCCGAAAAAGCUGAAUAUCGUCCAGCAGAAAGACCAAAGCAAAUAAGACCUGAAGAUAACCUUCAUCCCGAAGGAGAAUUCGCCAAGAGAACUACAGAGAAGUUUGUUCCUGCGGAAAGACCCAAACAGAAGAGACCUCAAGAUAACCUCCAUAUGGAAGGCACCUUUGAAACGCCUGAGAAGCCAGAAUAUCGUCCAGCAGAGAGACUAAAACAGAAAAAACCUGAAGAUAAUCUUCGUCCAGAAGGAGAAUUCGAAAGGCCGGAGAUAAUGGAAGUUGGACCAUGUGAAUUAAGAAGACCAAUUAAACGGGAUGAUAACUUGAGGAUGGAAGGUGUCAUAAACAUCACCAGAAAAGAUGAUUAUAAUGUAACUCGUGGCGAACGAGUGGAUAUCAUUGUGAGAAAGGACAAUCUUCGUAUGGAGGGAGAAUUCACAGAUAUGCGGUCCAGAGAUGAUUACAGAGUUGUCAGAGGAGAACGAUCGGACAUAGUUGUUCAUGAAGACAACUUGAAAUUACAUGGGGAAUUCAAUGAGUAUAGAAAACGAGACGAAUUCACAACAGUUAGUGAAAGAAGGACUAUAGUUAAGCAUGAAGAUAACUUGCAUUUGGAAGGUGUUAUGCACAUGCCCGAAAAAACGAAAUACGUUCCCGCAGAAAAACCAACCCUCAAAAAACCAACGGAUAACUUAAAAUUGGAAGGAGAAUUUGAAAGACGGAGUCCGGAAAAGUUUACACCAUCUCGAAGGCCAGAACAGAAGAAACCUCAAGACAAUCUGCAUCCGGAAGGUGAGUUCACAACUCCUGAAAAACCACAAUACCAUCCAGCUGAAAGAGUGACGCCAAGAAAACCAACUGACAAUUUGAAAACAGAGGGAGAUUUUGAGCGUCCAGAAAAACCUGGUUAUCAACCUGGUGAACGUCCAGAAGCUAAAAAACCUUCAGAUAAUCUUCGGCUUGAGGGCGAUUUCGAAAGAAGAACUCCCGAUAAGUUCAUACCGGCUGAGAGACCUAAGCAGAAAAAACAUCCGGACAAUUUGCGGCCAGAGGGCGACUUCGAGAAGAGAUCACCGCAGAAAUUCAUUCCUGCUGAGAUUCCAAAACAAAAGAGACCCAAGGAUAAUCUCCAUGUAUCGGAAGAGCAAUUCGAGAAGAGAACACCUGAGAAGUUCAUUCCUGGUGAAAGACCUAAACAAAAAAGACCUGAGGAUAACCUUCGACCUGAAGGAGAAUUCGAAAGGAGGACUCCUGACAAAUUUAUACCUGCAGAAAUACCCAAACAGAAAAGACCACAAGAUAAUCUAUUCAUGGAAGGUGAUUUCGAUAUGCCAGAUAAACCAGGCUAUCAUCCAGCGGAACGACCAAAACAGAAGAAACCUCAGGACAAUUUGAAACCUGAAGGAGAUUUCGAAAGAAGGACUCCUGACAAGUAUAUACCUGCAGAAAUACCCAAACAGAAAAGACCACAAGAUAAUCUAUUCAUGGAAGGUGAUUUCGAUAUGCCAGAUAAACCAGGCUAUCAUCCAGCGGAACGACCAAAACAGAAGAAACCUCAGGACAAUUUGAAACCCGAAGGUGAUUUUGAACGAAGAACUCCUGAAAAAUUCGUUCCCGCCGAAAGACCCAAACAGAAAAAACCGGUAGACAAUCUGAAACCUCUCGAUGGCGAGUUCGAGAAGAGGACUCCAGAUAAAUUUGUGAACGCUGAGAGACAAUUACCGAAAAAACCAAAGGAUAAUCUUAAAUUAGAAGGUGAUUUUGAAAGGAGAACUCCUGACAGAUACUUACCCAGUGAGCGACCAAAACAAAUCAAGCCAGAGGAUAACCUUAAACCAUCUCAUGAUGAAUUCCCCAAGAAACUAACGGAAACCUUCGUCCCUGCAGAAAGACCUAAACAACAUAAGCCUGAGGAUAAUCUGAAACCACUGAACGGUCAGUUUGAACAGAGAACUCCAGAUAAAUUCGUUCCUGCAGAAAGACCAGCUCAGAAGAAACCAAAAGACAAUCUGCGGAACGAAGGGGAUUUCGACAGACCAGAAAUCAGAGAAGUUGGUCCUUGUGAGUUACGUCGUCCAAUCAAACAUAAGGACAAUCUCACACUGGAAGGACAGCACGAUAUGAGAAGAAGGACAAUUAUGGAGGAUAAUAGGACUUCUGUUGUUAAUAGGCAGCACAUUACGAAAGAAGACAUAAGCAGCACGAUAAAUCGUGUGGAUACCACCAAUACUGAAAAGAUUGAAACCGUUAAUCGGGAAAAUAAUGUAAUAAGAACUGACCAUAUUUCUUCAGGAAAUGAUUCUCGCAUUGCCGUUAGAGACAAGACCGACGUUAUCAUUCGUGAAAAUGAUACUAAUGUGAGAGAAGAUUAUAACGUAGUAAAUAGGAGGGACGAGCAUGUGACUUAUACGGAAAGAAGGGCGAUUAUAAACCAUCAUGAAAAUAUUCAUAGCAAUACACAGAAUCAUACGACCACACAUAGAAUUUCAGAAAAUUAUCUGCACCCUGAGAGAUCAUUAGAAAACUCGCCUAUUGAUCAUACGCAUUCUUCAAUUCGAAGUCAUGAACGUGAUAUACAAAAUCAUCAUGUUGAUCAUAAGAAUAAUUCGAUCACACAGAUCUCUCAUAUAGAAAACACCCCGACCAAAAAACCGAGGGACAGUUUGAAUAUUAAGGAAGAGCAUUAUGAAAUAAAGAACAGAAAAAUCGAAACAAUCACUAAAGUUUCUAAAACUCCAGAGGGUACACCGAGAAGAGAAACUAUAGUUUCAAACAAUGGUCUCAAUCGAAAGCACCAUAUGGCGUCCAGCAUCUCCUUAGGGUCAGAUGUUUCAGUCAUGAGAACGACGAAUCAAGUUGAUCGCAUGAAUGUGGAGAGGCAUUCCACGAAUAUAAUCAAUCAGAAGAAUGUCAUCAUCGAAAGGAAAGAAAUCAAACAAGUAAAUUCAGAUCAGAUUGGUAAAAACUUAGUGUCUAGAAAUACAGUAAUUAUAAAUGACUCUCCUCACAUGGCUUCCAAACAUGUUACUGAUCAUCACAGUUCUGGCAAUAUUAUCAGAAAUAACACGAAUGUGUCGCAUACCGUUAACACAAAUGCGUCUCAUGUAGUGAAUUCGAAUACAUCCCAUGUAGUGAAUUCGAAUACAUCCCAUGUAGUGAAUUCGAAUACGUCCAAUGUAGUGAAUUCGAAUACGUCCCACGUUGUGAAUUCAAAUAUAUCGAAGGAAAACAGAGAAAUUUCAAAUAAUCGCCAUCUUACAAAAACAGAUGUAAAGGAUUCAAGUAACAACAGUACGAUUGUAAAUCGCGAUCAAAUAAGAUCUUCUAGUAACUCUCAAAUACUCAAGUCUUCCAGUAACUCAAAUAUUUCUUCUCAUACAGAGAAACAUAUGCAAACAAAUCAAGUUGUGAAUCAUCACCAUCGUAAAAGUGUUGUGACCGCCUCUGAAGACGUGAAUAAUCAAAUUCUUUACAGAAAGGGUCAUCAUACAUCUUCAGAAGCCUUACAUGCUACAAGCCAGUCGGCCCUUGAUAUGAGAAAAUCUAUUUGUAAUUUGCACGAUCAAGGUCAAACCCAUGUUCAACAUGAACGUCGCAGUUUGAGCUCAAUACACAGAUCGAAUCAAGAAGCCAAAGAGCAUAGCAGGAGAAGUCUUCAACAUAGUAGUUCUUCGAACCAGUACCAAGUCAUAGAGCGGCCACAAAAAAUUAUUCGAAGGGAUAAUUUGUCUGUUGGUGGACAUUUCUAUGGGCAAUCAGAAGCAAGAUCAUAUGGACAAUUCACAAAAGAGAAAAACGUGCAGUCUGUAGAACGAGUAACUAGAAGAUCAAAUGUUUCCAACAUUUCCCUUGGAGAGAGCAACGUGGCUGUUGUGACUUCGUACAAAAGGGAGUACUUACCAAGAAAUAUUGGACCAUGUCCUGCUUCCCUGGUCGACACUCCGAAAGGACCAUUCAAACAUACCAGAGACACAAAAUCACAUAAAUUUUAUGCUCCUGUUGCCCCAGUGAUAUCACCGACGAAGUAAUAAUUAUUUGUUAUGCUUGCUUUCAAUAUUAAAUACAAUA